AUGUUUAUCACAUAAAAUUAAAAAAAUAAAAAUGCUCACUAAGACAUAAUUGACUCUGAUUUUCAAUCUAAUGUUAUCAAUUAAGAAUUGAAGUCAUUUGUUUAGAAAAUACAGGACAGAUAAAAAAGGUUGUCUGAGCUAUCCAAAUAGCUAGAAGAAACCAUUUAGAAAUCAUUGUCAAUCAAUUCUACUAUUUUUGAAAGGGAAUUGAGGAGCAAAUAAAAGGAAAUGAGGAAAACCAAAUUGGAAAAUGAAAAAAGAGUAACUAAAAUUAAAAGAGAUUAUGAUCUUACUGAAAAUUCAAACUUAUCAAAGCUGUUAUAAAAAUAAUAGGAAUACAGAACUCAUUAUGAUUAAUUAUAUUAGGAGGAAAUUCAUUUUGUUAAGUUUUUAGAUCAGCAAACAAAAAACAGUAGCUAUUUUUCAGUGAUAAACUCUAUUUUGAAUGAUAGCUUAAUAUUCUCUGGAUAAAAAUUAGACAAUUCAAGCGUUCUAGAAUAUCUAACAGGAUAAAAUAAACAUAAAAUUCCAAAUUUUCAUAAUUCGAUUAAAUUAACAAUUUAACAAUUAUAAAAUAUUGAAGAAAACUUAUAAUUUAUCGUCAAUUCUAAUAACAUGACUGAUUCACAAUUGUAACUGCUCUAAUAAUCAUUAUCCAAUUUUAUUAACGUUCUCAAAACAACCCAAACUUCAAUUGAUGAGAUCCUAUUGGAAAUGGAGUUGAUCUAAAAGGAAAUAUCUGAUUCAGAUAAGAUCAGAAAAAAUAAUAUUAUUUUAAUAUAAUCAAUAAUUAAAGAAAACUAGGAUUAAAAAGAAUCGGAAAUCUAGGAAUUUAUUAAAUUGAAUGACAGUUUAUUAAAAUAACUUAUGUCUGUCGUUGAAAUAAAUAGAAGAUAUUCAAUUUUUCAAUUAUAAUCAAACGAAGAUCUCUAAAAAUUAUCCCAAUUAUCAGAGAUCUAAUUUUAAAGUAUUUGUUAAAUUGAAAAUAAAAAGUAAAAUAAAUAAGGUUGUGCAUCAUUAAAAAAAAUACCAACAGUUCUCUUAUCUAAAUCAAGAAAAUUCUCUGACCAUUACAAGGAAUUAAAUGAAUUGAUAAAUAAAUCAAAUGAUUAAUCUUUGGAAUUGGGAGUUAAAAGAGAUUCUAUGGCUUUGGAAUCUUCUUUUCUUUAUCAAUCUUAAUAAGCUACAAAUCCUGAAAAGCCAAUACUAAAUAUAUUAUUGUAAAAGCAAAUGCGGUCUCAAAGUCCCAACAGCACUAAGCAUAUCGAAAAGAAAUCUCCUCUUAUUCAUCAUAUAACAUAUAAAACAAUUGCUCAUGUUGAUAAGAAGACUGCAUUGCCUUUAAGGUGUUCUUGUCCUCCUUAAUGCUUAUGCUCUUCUUAAAUUAUAACAUAAAUUCAUCAGUGCAAUUGCUAAUUGUAUAUCAAUUCAAAAGGAUAUAUUAUGUGCUAACAGUGUUAAUUUUCAUAAUAAAUUUAAGAUUAUGGAUUCUACUGUCCUUAAAAUAGGUAGAAGAAUAAGUUUAAAAAUUAUGAAGAUUUUUUAUUCUCAUUUUGGUUGCAUCUUACUACUUUAACAAUCAAUGAAUAAAUUGUUGAGUUUUGGGAUAAUUUACAAGUUAAUUGUCAACGAUAGUGGAUUUAAUGUAAAUAAAUAGAAUUUAAUGAUUAAAUGGAUGAAACUAAUGUUAUAAACUUAAUUGCCUACUGUCCAUCAAAUAGCAAAUGUUAUCACAAGACUAGUCAAUAAUAAAUUCAUUUUUGUUAGAGUCCAUUAUUGAUUAAUUCAUUAGGUGAAUUGAUUUGUAGGAAAUGCAAUUUUUUUGGUAAUCCUUAAUUUCAUUUCAUUUAAUGUCCUGAAUAAAAGGGGUUCUAUUUUUAUCAGAAUAUAGAUCUGUUCCUCAAUUCAAUUGAUCUUAAUAACUCAAAUUUUGAAUCAGAGAAACAAAAUUUAGAAUUUUUAUAGAAAUUAAGGAAAAACUUAUUAAAAAAAUGGAAAUGA